AUGCCUGAAAAAGAUACAAGGCUGGAGAAGCUUGCUUUAGAGCUUUUUCGACGAGAAACUUCCCUUGUUUUGACAGAAUUCUUGGUUUGUGUUUUAGUUACAACCACCUCAAUUUUAGGCAACGUUUUCGUCCUCUUCGCUUUGUACAAGAAUCCAAGGCUACGAAAACCGUCAAACUUUUACAUUAUCUCGCGAACAAUGUCAGAUAUAACUUUUGCGGUAGCUGGCAUGACCUUGGUGUGCGUCACUUCGUUUGCCGGUCGUUGGAUUUUCGGGCCAACUCUCUGUUGGUUUCAAGCGUCUGUUGCUACAAUGUUGGGGACCGCGUCUUGGGUCAACAUGGCGCUCAUUGCCGUAAAUAGACUUCUUAAAGUUGUAUACCCCAACAUGCAUCGCAAAUUGGUGUCAGCGAGAACAAUUUUUAUCUCCAUUUUUGCCGCUUGGUCGUUCACUGGUGUUAUUCCACUAUCGUUUUAUAUAUUUGGAGUCAAGAAUAUAUUUCAUCCCGGCCAUCAGCUAUGUUUGUUUGAUUUCGGCACUGCAAGUUAUACGCUCAUCGCAUUAAUAGCCAUUUUCGAAACUUUUCUUCCUUAUAAAGUGAUCUUUAUUUCCUAUUUCAAAGUUUGGCGCUUCAUCAAAAGUCAUAAGAAAGCUUCAAAUGUCUACCUCGCGAGUAAACGUAGAAGAUAUAAAACUUAA